ACAUUUUCCUUCUAACCUAGUCUUAUUGAUUUCUUGCUGAUUGGAAAAUUUAAAAGAAGUGCUACUUCCAUGUCACUGAUAUCUGGCAUCCAAGGCCAACUUCUUGAAGUCACAGUGGUUUGUUGCAAUAAAUUAAAGGAUACUGAAUGGAUUUCAAGACAAGAUCCCUAUGUUUGUCUUGAAUAUGGUAGCACCAAGUUCCGUACUCGUACCUGUACAGAUGGUGGCAAAAAUCCCACAUUUCAAGAGAAAUUCGUGUUUACCCUUAUUGAAGGAUUGCGAGAGAUUAAUGUUGUCGUCUGGAAUAGCAAUACCCUUACUUAUGAUGAUUUUAUCGGAAGCGGAAAGAUUCAACUACAGAAAGUUCUAUCAAUGGGAUAUGAUGAUACUGCUUGGCCAAUCCAGACCAAGACUGGCAGGCAUGCGGGAGAAGUUCGGCUCAUAAUGUUCUAUGCUAAUGCCAAUAAGCCGGCAACAAGUUAUGCUCCAUCAUACACAGCACCACAGCCGCAUACACCUAUGUACUCUGCUCCAUCAUACGCAGCAGCUUAUCAAACACCUUCUCCAUAUCCCGAAUACCCGCCUCAUUCAGCAGCAUAUCCACCAACACCUUAUCCUCCUCCUCAAACAACGGCUUACCCUCCAGUUUAUCCACCGCCUUCAGCAUAUCCUCCCAUGUCUUAUCCACCACAUUCAGCGUAUCCUCACGCGUCUUAUCCACCCCCAACACAGGACUACUCUUAUCCUCCAGGUCCAUAUCCUCCACGACCUUACUGAGGCCACCUUCCUACAUGCUUGGGUUAAGAAUGUGCAUAUAAGUUUAUGGUAAAAGAGACUAAGAAUUGUGCAUACAGAUUUUCACUGAACAGUUAUGCUUAGGCAAUUUCUAUGUUUGUAAAUCAUACAAGGCUUGGAUGACUUGUUUGUGCUAAACUGUUCCAUACAAUCUCAAAAAAGAAAGGAGACUAGCUUAUUAGUUUUGUUGCCUGUCCGUGGGAUAUAAGGAAAUUCUAACCGCGUUUGAUAGUCGAAAAGAGGCCUUGCAGAAGAGUUAUUGUCAUUUCAAGACAUAAUUAAAUUGAAUGAAGAAGCACAUCUAUACUAUAUUUGGACACAAA